AGGAUGCAUCAGUGAAUGCGUAUCGCUCAAUGCGCUUAGUCGAGGAAAAAACAACCCUUAGGCCUAUCUUAUCUCCGAAAUAUUAAUUUAACUUCUUUAUUCUUGCUAUUGAGGUUUCCCUCCCCUCCUCUCAUUGUUCGGACUAGAUUGGUUUUUUAGCACAUUCAGUCAGACUCAUCCACCUGUUAGACAUGUAUUAAUACUUAAAAUGAGAUUUUUAAAGAAAUUAAAGCGUGUUGCCGUUCUAGUCGCACAGCACGUCACACGCGUAGUGAAAGUGAUUUGGUCAUUUCUGGCGACGCAGGAAAAAGCAGAUGACAGAAAAUUUCUUUGGAAUGAAAAUCGGCUCGGGGAUGGGAACAUAUUGCCAAAGGCCAAACCUUUUUCUCAAAUUCCUGGCCCAUUACCAAUACCUUUUUUUGGAAGUCAAUGGCUUUAUUCUUGGAUUGGCCCCUACUUUCUUGAUAAAUUACACUUAGCAAAUGAAGAUAAAUAUUUCAAAUAUGGUCCUAUUGUAAAAGAGCACUAUCUUUGGAACUUCCCCAUUGUACAUCUGUAUGACAAAAAUGAUAUUGAAACUGUUUUAAAGUAUUCUAGUAAAUAUCCCAUAAGACCUGGACUGGAAGCCCAAAUCUUUUACAGAAACUCUCGUCCUGAUAGAUACAAAAGUGUUGGAUUAGUUAACGUCCAAGGAUUGGAAUGGCAUCACUUGAGAAGCAAACUAACAACUCAGCUAGCCAGCACUGCCCUUGGGGAUCAUACUGUAAAGCAACUGUCAAUCAUAUCAGAAGAACUGAUAGAAAAAAUUCGUGAAGAACGAGAUGCCGAAAGUCUUAUAAAGGGAUUCGAAAAAUAUGUCUACAGCUGUAGCCUAGAGGUUAUUUUUGCCAUUCUCUUGGGUCGGCGUCUGGGAGCUUUAAAUAAGAGCUCAAUCCCACCUAUUGCUGAACGUUUAAUGUUUGCAACGGAAAAUCUUUUUGAAGUGUCUCAUGAAACUAUGUAUGGACUUCCCUGGUGGAAAUAUUUCCCUACCAAGUCUUAUAGAAAGCUAGCAGAAUGUGAGAACAUCAUAUACGACGUAUUUUCAGAUUUGGUCAAAGAAGCCCUAAAUAGUGACGAGGCCACUGGAACCCAGUCACCGGUUCUGAAUCAAAUUUUGACUGCUGAAGGCGUUGACACCCGCGAUAAAAUCGUCUCGCUUAUCGACCUAGUGGCAGCCGGCAUUGAAACGACGGGCAAUGCCACCUUGUUUCUUUUACACAAUAUCCUAAACAAUCCAGAGAUAAAGGUGCGCGUGUACGAAGAAUUGGACCGAGUCCUUCCUUCUCCAGAAGACACAAUAACUCCUCAGCUCCUCUUAGAGUUAAAAUACCUUAGAGCGUGCAUCGUAGAAAGUCUUAGAAUGACACCGGUGGCUCCAAAUGUGGCGCGCAUAUUAGAAAAACCAUUUACUUUUCAAGGCUAUCACGUUCCUGCAGGAACGCUAGUGGUAUGCGAAACUUGGGUGGCUAGUCUUCAGGAAGAAAAUUAUCUGAACGCGAAAAGUUUCAUUCCAGAACGCUGGCUUGAUAGUGACAAAACAAAUCGCUACCCUUUUCUUGCAGUCCCUUUUGGUGUUGGCCGACGGAUGUGUCCAGGAAAACGAAUUGCCGAAAACGAAAUGUUGAUCAUCACCGCUAAGCUAUUAAGAGCUUUCGAUAUAAGCUUCCACAAACCUCUAGAGCAAGUUUACAAGUUUCUUAUUUCGCCAAAAGGACCGAUAAAUGUGAUACUUCGAGAACGAUAUUAAAAUUCAAAAAUGUUUUUAUUUUGUUUAUAAAAUUCAUGACUUGGAGAUUCUUUAAAACUAAUACACCGAUAUUAUUAAACUGGA